AUGCGACAGACUGCAUGGCCUCUGUGGCGGAAUGCGCCAAUGCCUGGAGGAUCGCCCUUUCAGCUAUUAUGGACACUUGUACUACUAUGCAUAUGUUGUUGGGCGACUCUCGCACGCUGUAUGACGGAUGAAGCCAUAGCAGCCCUAAGACAAGAGACACGCGAUAUAUUCGACCAUGGCUACGACAACUACAUGAAACAUGCAUUCCCUGAAGACGAACUACGUCCACUUACAUGUGCCCCUCUUACGCGUGACCGCUACAAUCCUGCGCACAUCGAAGUCAAUGACGUCCUGGGAAACUACUCUUUGACCCUGAUCGAUAGCUUAUCCACCCUCGCCAUCUUCGCCUCGACCCCUCCGCCCAGCAAGAUAGGCGCCAACAGGCCGCUGGCAGAAUUUCAAGAUGGUGUCAAGCUCUUGGUAGAAAACUACGGAGACGGAAGGCCUGGACCAAGUGGCCAAGGGGCAAGAUCGAGAGGCUUUGACCUGGACAGCAAGGUGCAAGUCUUCGAAACCGUCAUUCGCGGAGUUGGGGGUCUGCUGAGUGCGCAUCAAUUUGCGGUCGGAGACCUGCCAAUCCGUGGCUAUAAACCUACAACGGAGCGCAAGGACGGCAAAGAAGGAAUCGUGUGGCCGAACGGAUUCGUGUAUGAUGGGCAAUUGCUACAUUUGGCCAGAGACUUGGCAGAGCGACUCUUACCCGCCUUCAACACGCCCACUGGACUGCCAUACCCCCGGGUCAAUCUGCGGCAUGGCGUUCCUUUCUACGCCAAAUCUCCACACAACAUGGACGCCGAACAUGGGCAAUGUGGAAGAGACCCUAAUGAUAAAGGAACCGAAGUUACCGAGACUUGUAGCGCCGGAGCGGGAAGUCUGGUUCUCGAAUUCACCGUCCUGAGCCGACUGACGGGUAACCCUCGGUAUGAGCAAUUAGCAAAGAAGGCUUUCUGGGCAGUUUGGCAGCGCAGAAGCAGCAUUGGGCUAAUUGGUGCCGGCAUCGAUGCGGAAACUGGACAAUGGGUGAAUGCCUACACGGGUAUCGGGGCAGGCAUCGAUAGCUUUUUUGAGUAUGCCCUCAAGUCGCAUAUCUUACUCUCUGGUCUGCCUUAUGACGAAGCCAAUGCUGCCACUGACUCCCCCGACGCUUUUCUUACUGCUUGGCUCGACGCACACGACAGCAUCAAACGACAAAUCUAUCGCGGGGCGCAGCAUCAUCAUCCGCACUAUGCCCAAGUAGAUCUGUACACUGGCGCCAUCAGAGCAUUCUGGAUCGACAGUCUCAGUGCGUUUUACCAGGGACUAUUGACUCUGGCUGGUGAACUGGACGAGGCCAUCGAGACACACUUACUAUACACUGCGCUAUGGACACGAUACUCUGCCAUGCCCGAGAGAUGGUCGACUGCAACUGGCGGCAUCGAGCAUGGUUUACGCUGGUGGGGUGGCCGGCCAGAGUGGAUUGAAUCGACCUGGUAUCUCUAUCAAGCGACCAAGGACCCCUGGUAUCUGCAUGUAGGGGAGAUGGCGCUUCGCGACAUCAAGAGGCGCUGCUGGACCAAGUGUGGAUGGGCGGGUCUGCAGGACGUGCGCACUGGUGAGCUCAAUGAUCGCAUGGAAAGUUUCUUUCUGGGCGAGACCGUGAAGUACCUCUUCCUGCUCUUUGACCCAUCGCACCCACUCAACACUUGGGAUGCGCCGUUUGUCUUUACGACAGAGGGACAUCCUCUGAUCAUACCCAAACGGCUGAGGUCAAAGAAAAGCACGGCAUCUGGGCUCCAGUCUGACGGGCAGACGGCCGAAACGUGCCCUCUACCGCCAGCUCACUUGCCAUUUAGCAUUUCGGCCACUGCGGCUCGUCCUGACGUCUACCAUGCGGCAAGCCUAGCAAAAUUGCAUUUGAUGCCGACCAUUGAGACACUGGACUCUCCGUUGGUGGAGUUCAACGCAGAUCAUCCGAGCAUUUCAAUGUCGGAUGUUCGAUCGCCUUCAAAUUACACAUACUACCCAUGGACUCUGCCUCCUGAGCUUAUUCCGCACAACGCCACUAGCUCAUCAAUGGCGGUUCGGUCGACAUUUGAUUUGACAUUUCCCAAUAUGCCGAGCACAUCGCUAGUUGGGGCGCUCCAGAGGGUACAAGAAGGAAUACUCGUCAACUCGAUCAGUGGACUGCGGUUUGGCAUGGUGCGGGAGCAUGACCAUGUGCCUGCAAUGGACAGUGCGAUGGAGAUGGACGAGCAGUUUCGCAUUUAUGCCAUUUCCAACAUUGCCCUGGGACGCGACGAAAAGGUGUUCAUGUCACGUGCUACCAUGGACAAUUUCAAUCCACUCGACCCCUUCUUUACUCGGACACGAGACGCUCAGGUGCUGGACCUGGUGAUUGAUGUGCCGCCAGAGCCGACGUCUGUAGUGUCGAGUGUACUGUCUGACCUGGUCAACGACGUACUCGAUGGGACAGGCAAUUUGUCUGAUAUGGAGGUUGCGGAUGCGAUUGAGUUUGAAGUUGACGCGGAGGCGCUCAAAAGUGAGCCUUCAUAUCUUUCCAGCCUUCUUUCGUCGCUACAGGCUCUGUUGUCUGCUCCCAUGCCUACAUCGACGUCGACAGCCUCGUGGUCUGGAAACGGGGAUCGACAGCUUACGAAACGGUAUUCUCUAGCGGCAGCGCUCCCGACGGGCCCUGGUGCAGUACCGAUGCCGGACACAAAAGAUGCGGAUCUGACAUACAGCGCGGAUAAGGCACUAGCGUGGACAAAGAUCUACGUGCAUCCUACUACGCUGUGCAACGAGCGACUUGGAGUGGAGAUUGCGAAGCAGUAUCAAGUGAUUGUGAUACCCCGCGGCGACUGCUCAUUUUCUACAAAGCUUCACAACGUGCCUGCAUACCCGCCAAGCAGCGCAUCCCUACAGCUUGUGGUUAUCGUUAGCUUUCCCGAGCACGAGGAUGGCUACAGUGAUGGAGGACGGGCACCGGCUCAACCACUGCUCGACGAAGCACAGCAUACGCCGACGGGGAUGCUGCGGCCGAACCCUGUAGCGCUGGUCAUGGUGGGAGGAGGGCAAGCGACCAUGGACAAGCUGAAGAGAGCCAGCGGGAUGGGGAUGAGAAGACGAUAUCACUUCCGCAGUCAGGGGGUCAAGAUUGGGAAUCUGAUUGUGUUGUGA